AUUAGAAUAUAUUACAAAUGAAAUAAUAAAUAUUGGUAAAUAAGAAUUUUCUUAUUUCUUGUAUGGUUUUCCAAAGCAAACAUAAUAUUGCAUCGUGAUUGGUUCAUUCAAAAUUGAUUGACAUUUUAUUUGCGGGUAAAAUCUGUUUUUAUAUAAGAAUUAUUAUUAAAAUGGAUAAUAUUUAUUCAUUAGAUGCUUCCCAUGUAGAAAAGGAUUUGGAAUAUAAAAAAUCUAUUCAUAAACGACGAUCUUCUGUUUUCCAAAGUCGUCAAAUAAUAUUUGACGAAUGUGAAGGUACAGAAGAUAAAGAGACAGUUGAGAAUAGAGAAGUUAUAAAAUGUACAUCUAAUACAACACAAGAAAAAGUUUUUAAUUUAGAAGAAUAUAUAAUUAAUUUAAGAAAUGAAAGAAAAGAAUGGAUAGAAACUUUGAAACAAAGAAAAACACAACGAAAGAAUCUUACAAAGCAAAAAUUAUGUUUAGAAAAUCAAGAACAACUUUUGGAUCUAAAUGUUUUAUCAGAAUAUGAAAAAACCUUUGUUACAGCACGGCCAAGUUAUCAACAUAUUUGCAAAAAUUAUGAAAAACUAUCAGAUAUGCUUGUGAAAUUAUCAGUAUUACAUAAUUUAACUUAUAAAUUAAAUCAAAGAUUCAUUUCACAAAUGGAAAGAAGAUUAUGUAAGAUUAUUGAUAAAAUAAUCAAAAUAUCAGAAUCAUGAUAUUAUAAAGAUUACUAUACAUUAAAAAUCUUUAAAACAAGAUUA